CCCUUAAAACGUGAAACAUAGCUAAAUCCCGGUGUAAAGUAGCUAACCUCUGUUCAAGUGCUCCGAACACAGUCGGUAUGUCUGCGACUGAUAUGUCCGGUGUGUUGGAUAUCCUUCGGUUAUUGUAUCGGCACACGCAGACACUGGAGGAGUUUUCGGACAGCAUCGUGUUCAGAGAGGGACAGAAAGCAGCUCUCAUUGAGCAGACAGAUACAAACCGUUUCAAAUCGUUCGUUAGGAGUGUUUUUGUGUGCUUUGACAAGGAGCUACAGAAGGUAGCGAGCUGCAAACAGAUCUGCAGUCUGCCUGAACUACUGGCGUUUGUUCUCAACACUCUAAAAAGAAAAAGAAAAAGGAAUGUCUUGGCACAUGGGUAUAAUUUUCAGACGCUGGCUCAGGAGGAUCGGGAUGCAGAUUUCCUCAAAUUCCAAGGCGAUGUAACACAGAGUGCUGCCUACAUCCACGGCAGUGACCUGUGGAAAAAAGUCAUAACGCGUCUGGGCACAGACAUCACGCAGUAUCUCCUGGAGAGCUGCUCUGUGUUUGUGGCAGUUCCUCCUUCGUGUGCUUUCCAGGUGUGCGGCCCUCCAGUCUAUGACAGGGUGUCCAUGACCACGGCCUCUUGUGGGUUUUUUCUCCAGCCGCGAGUCAGGAAAUAUAAUCGUACCAAGACUGAGAGCUGUCGAGGGUCAGUGAGUUUGAAACAGAAAUGCACAGUUGUGACUCCUGCAAGCAAGAAGAUGAAAAGAAGGAAUAAAGGAGGGACAAAGGGGAAAAGAAAACGGGAAACUGGAGAAGAGGAGGAGGUGGCAGUUUGUUCAAGAAAGAGGAGGCGAGUAGCAUCUGUAGAACAUCAACAGGCGAUCCAACAAGUUGGCUCUGAAAAGGAAGGACAGGCCGUGGCUGUGGAAUCAGCACCACCUACAGCUUUCAAACAGCCUGUUGAAAUGCCAACAUUUGUACUUCCCUUGGAGGGUGGUCCUAGUUGGAGAACAGGGAUUUUCCCCCCUUUACCACCCUCGCAAUGUUUUAUCCGUACCCUGGGAUUCCUGUAUGGGGGCAGGGGCAUGCGUGGCUUUCUUCUUAACAGGAGGAAGAAGACUGCUCAUGGAUCCAGAAGGCUUCAAGGACAAGAUCUGGUAAGAAUAGUCUUCUUCGAGGGACUAGCGCAUUUGAAUGGAGUAGAGAGGAAGCCUAAAAAACUCUCCCAGCGGUUCUUUGGCUUGGUCCCCCUGUUUAGGCAGCUCUUACAACAACACAGGAGAUGUCCCUACACCAGAAUACUACAGAGGUUAUGUCCAUCAAUGGAGGAGAGCAAUGCAGGACAGGGAGAACUAAACUCACUCUUACCUCAGCACUGUGCACCGCACAGGGUUUACCUGUUUGUCCGGGAAUGCCUCUCUUCUGUGAUCCCACAAGAACUGUGGGGCUCUGAUCAAAACCGGCUGCAUUUCUUUGCCAGGGUCAGGACUUUCUUGCAAAGUGGCAAGUUUGAGAGGCUCUCACUGGCUGAACUGAUGUGGAAGAUAAAGGUGAAUGACUGUGGUUGGUUGAAGAGGAGUAAAACAGGCCGUUUUCCACCCAGCGAGCUUGCGUAUCGGACACAGGUCCUGGGUCAGUUCUUGGCUUGGCUUCUGGAUGGAUAUGUUACAGGCCUUGUGAGAGCCUGUUUCUAUGCAACAGAGAGUAUUGGGCAGAAGAACGCCAUCAGGUUCUACAGGCAGGAAGUCUGGACCAAACUGCAAGAAUUGGCCUUCAGAGGUCACCUUUCCAAAGGCCAGAUGGAGGAGCUGACUCCAGCUCAGGUGGCAUCCCUGCCCAAAGGCACCGUCAUCUCCCGCCUUCGCUUCAUUCCCAAGACUGAUGGCAUGAGGCCCAUCACACGAGUCAUAGGAGCAGAUGCCAAAACAAGGCUCUACCGAGGUCGUGUCAGGGACUUGCUGGAUAUGCUGCGGGCCUGUGUGCGUGCCACUCCAUCACUACUGGGAUCCACAGUGUGGGGGAUGACUGACAUCCACAAAGUUUUGUGCUCUUUGGCACCAGCGCAGAAAGAAAAACCACAACCCCUCUAUUUUGUUAAGAUGGACGUGAGUGGAGCCUAUGAGAGUUUGCCGCAUGACAAACUCAUAGAGGUGAUUGGCCAAGCCCUGUCACCUGUCCACGAUGAACUCUUUACCAUCCGCCGCUAUGCCAAGAUCUGGGCAGACUCACACGAAGGCCUGAAAAAGGCCUUUGUCAGACAGGCAGAUUUCCUGGAGGAUAACAUAGGAUCCACCAACAUGAAGGGCUUUUCGACGUCAUUGCAGAGAAAAGGCAAAGUUCAUCACGCCGUCCUGGUUGAACAGCACUUUUGCUCAGAUCUUCAUGGCAGAGAGGCAUUGCAGUUCUUUACCCAAAUGCUAACUGGGAGUGUUGUUCAGUAUGGGAAAAAGACGUACCGUCAGUUCCGGGGGAUUCCUCAGGGAUCGGUUGUAUCUAGUUUGCUCUGCUGCCUUUGCUACGGCCACAUGGAGAAUCUCCUGUUUAAAGAUAUUCCAGGACACAAAGGGUGUUUGAUGAGACUGGUGGAUGACUUCCUUCUGAUUACACCAGACCAACAUGAAGCACAAGCUUUUCUGAAGAUCUUGCUGGCCGGAGUGCCACAGUAUGGUCUGGCAGUCAACCCGCAGAAGGUGGUUUUGAACUUUCAGGUAUCGGGAAGCGCGGCUUCCUGUCCCGACAUUCGCAUGCUGCCCCCUCGCUGCCUCUUCCCCUGGUGUGGACUGCUGCUGGACACCCACACACUGGACGUCUAUAAAGACUAUUCCAGCUAUGCUGGACUGUCUCUGCGCUACAGCCUUACUCUGGGUUCAUCCCACUCUGCAGGACAGCAGAUGAAAAGGAAACUAAUGGCUAUCCUCAGGCUCAAGUGUCAUGCCCUGUUCUUUGACUUGAAGACUAAUUCUCUUGAAGCGGUCUACAAGAACAUGUACAAGAUGGUGCUGCUGCAUGCGUACAGGUACUGUUGUCAGUGUCAGAUUGUGUUACUGAGCUGUGAUGUAAAAUUCAACCCAUUUUCCUUCAGCCACCUGAGCAAACACAUUAAUAACUUAAUUUCUUCUCUCUUUGCCUCUCUAGGACUGAUUUUAGGUGAUAAGGCCCAGACGGGGAUUGUGCAGUACGAAGCAGUGGAGCUGCUUUUCUGUCUGUGCUUCUUGCUGGUGCUGUCACAACACCGUCUUCUCUAUAAAGAUCUGCUCGCACACCUGCACAAACGAAAGCGCAGUCUGGAGCGGCGUCUGGGGGACCUGAGGCUGGCCAGGGUGCGGCAGGCCGCUAACCCCAGGACUCCAGUCGACUUCUUGGCCAUUCAGACGUAAAUUACUAUUCCUAGUCCCAGUUUCCAACAUGACCGCAGAACAAUACUUGGAGAUUAAAGGUCUGGAUUUAUUUAAUCUAGAUUCCCUCCCCUUUUUUGUUAAAAACAUAUUAAAAGCCUUUUUUUUUCUUUUGCUUUGUUUAAUUCUUAAGUUGUAAGUGUUUUAACAAUAUAUAUCACCAAAAAAACCCCAAACCAAUACAUGACAUCUUUCGGAUCUAGAGUGUCAGGAAACAUGUCUGGAAAACACAGUACUUAGUCGUGUGCUGCAAAACACUUAAGUGCUAAACCUCAGUCAUAAACGCACACAAUCAAACAACAGCAACCUGUCAAGAUCGGUAAUUGAAAGUCAUGCAGCUACUAUAAUAGAGCAGGUCUCAGCCCAUAGCUGUGUGUGUCUUUGUGGACUUUGAUUUACACCUUGUAGUAGUUUUCCAUAAAGAGCAUGUGAGGACAUACGUCACAGAAGUUGUGAGCCAUUCACCAAAGGAUUGUUUUUUUUUACUUUUGUGUUACAUCACAUAUGCUCAGUUCUUUAGAUAAUGCUAAAGUUGUUCAGAAAUGAACAAACCUGAAGGGUUCUGUGUUCUUUAUUUAUUUAUUUUUAUUUUUACUAUGUUCAACUGUGCAGAUUCAUAUAUUUGGAGUCAAAGAAACGUGUGUAAUGGAUAUAAUGUUAUAUUGGAUAUAUGAUAUGUAAAAAAUAUGUAAAAUGAAAAUUAAGAAUGUCACUGUUAAAU